AUGUCUUUCCUGCCAACCGCCCCGCCCCCCAAGAGUCCCUUGGCUCGCUAUCGUAUCUUGUCUCCCACCGCAUCAGUUCGUGUGAGCCCGCUAUGCCUUGGUUCCAUGAACUUCGGCGACGCUUGGAAGGAAAAUAUGGGUGCUUGCGACAAGGACACCGUCUUCCAGAUCCUCGACUUUUUCUACGAUCAAGGAGGCAACUUUAUCGACACUUCCAGCAAUUACCAAUUUGAAGAGUCGGAGACCUGGAUUGGCGAGUGGAUGAAGAAACGUGGUGUUCGCGAUCAGAUGGUCAUUGCAACCAAGUACACAACAAAUUUCCGAGCAAAUCAUACCGAUGAGAUCUCAAUCAACUUCCAGGGAAACGGAACCAAGAGCAUGCACACAUCUGUCAGGCGAUCUCUGGAAAAGCUCCAGACUGAUUACAUCGACUUGCUGUACGUGCACUGGUGGGACUUCAGCACGUCCAUUCCCGAAGUUAUGCAGUCCUUGAAUCAGCUGGUGCUUUCCGGCAAGGUACUUUACUUGGGUGUCAGUGAUACACCAGCUUGGGUAGUCUCCAAGGCCAACGAAUAUGCUCGAAAUCACGGUCUACGCCAGUUUUCCGUGUACCAAGGACGUUGGUCUGCUGCUUCUCGCGAUUUUGAGCGAGAGAUUAUCCCCAUGGCCAAGGCAGAAGGAAUGGGGCUCGCACCAUGGGGCGCACUCGGUGGUGGCAAGUUCAAGACGGAAGAACAGCGGAAGAAGAAUGAAGGUCGUUCAUACCCCCCGACGGAAAUCGAGACGAAAGUCAGCAAGGCCCUCGAAACCGUGGCAAAGCGGAAGAGCACCAUUAUCACUAGCGUGGCUCAAGCCUACGUCAUGCACAAGACGCCUUAUGUCUUUCCCAUUGUUGGUGGGAGAACGCUGGACCACCUGAAAGCUAAUAUCGAGGCUCUGAAUCUCUCCCUUUCCGAGGACGACAUCCAAGAAAUCGAAUCCGCUGCUCCGUUCGACAUCGGAUUCCCGAUGAACUUUGCUUAUCGCGGAGACGCGAAGCAUCCGGGCGAAGUCUGGCUGCUCAACAUGGGAGGCAUUACAGACUACGUCCCUGAGCCGAAGCCUAUCGCCGCGAGAAAGACCGGGGAGUAG